AUGUCCUGGGCGGAGCUGGAAUGGCAAGCAGCACAGGCUGCAGAGCAGCAGGUGCCGCGGCACUUCCCGGCCCCGGCGCGCGCCGCGAUGCUGGAGGCGGUCCAGAAGCAGCUGUUGCAGCAGUGGGCGCCAAAUGCUCAGGCUCAUCCGGCACCAGGAGCUUGGGACGCCCACACCGCUUGGGACAGCCGUCAGCCGCCAGGAAGAGAGGCACAUCCCAGAGGAGACGUAAGGCCUGCCCCAACGCCUUCUGUCGACCUGCAGCCGGAGCCGUGUGACCUGUUCGGCGACACGGCCUGGUUCCCGCUGAAGGCUGCGGGCCGACCACCGGCUUACCCCGGCUACCCGGCGUAUCCAGGAAUGCCCGGCAUGGGCAUGGGCAUGCCCGGCGUGGGCCAGGAGAAGCCCCUGGACGUGCCAGAGCAUGCCCAGGCUCUGCAGACUCUGACCUCGGCACUGGGCUGCCGGGUGACAGAGGAGAUGUUGGAAGACGUUCCGAAGGCGACCUUUGCCGAAGCCUCCCGCCUGUUGCUGGCGGUGCUGGGCUUCAUGUGCGAAGGACCAUGUCAGCCAAUGCUGCGUGGCAAUGUGGUUGCCAGAGGCCCGCACCUGCCCAUGUGGCAGGGCAUUACACCGCACGUGCUGCUGAGAGAGUGGUUCGACGCAGACGAGCUGCUGGGUCUCUUUGGCCAAAGCGCCAUGCGGGACGCCUUCGAGUCCGCGAGCCGCGGCCCGCAGCGCCAGUUCGUGACGCUGCUGUCCCGGACCGCCUUCGUGGAGGCUGCAAGGCCAGGCUCGGGCCGGGUCUUGCGGAUCCAGUGGCAGCUGAUCUUCCAGCAAUUCCCGGAGAUUAGCCUGGUGAGAGCGUUGCUCACCCAUGUGCGGCGGCGAUGUUGGGAAGAUAGCCGGGACCGCAGCAGGAGUCGGAGCCGGAGUCGCGAGAGGAAGACUCCCAAGAGCGAGGCCGACGGUGAAUCUGUGCGCUUCUUCCUGAAGAACACUGGGGACCUGAAUGAGCAAAAGCUGCGAUUGCACUUCAAGCAUUAUGGGCAGAUCAUGAGCUGCAAUGUCUUGAUGGACAAGCGCAAGAAGCAGUUCCGGGGCAUGUGCUUCGUCACCCUGAAGCCGGAGGGCUUCUACAAAGGUAAGAGGAACACCAAGCAGAUGAUGAUCGACUGGGUGCUGGAAGAGUCCCAUGUCAUCAGCGGGAUCCCGAUUGAGGUCACUCAGGCAGAUGAGAAGCCACAGGAGGAUGAGGAGAAGAAGCGGGACGAUAGGGUGGAGGAACGGCGCCUGGCACGCUUGGACAAGGAGCAGCGCAUGAUCCGCUCCGUCGGAGUGGUGGCGCCUCAUCUCAUGGAUCGCGGGGAGAAGUUGGUGCCGUCCCCCUGGUUUAGGCGCUGGAGGCACCGGCUGGAGAUGCUGCCGCAGGGCCCCAACAGCUGGAGCCUUCCGCAGCUGCAGGGCUUCUGUGGUCCGCUCUGGCGGGAGGUGGCGGACUAUGCGAACCGCACUGGGGACAAGACGGUGAAGGAAGCUUUGGCAUUCUUCCAGGAUGCUGCAGGAGAGCGGUGGAGCUUCAUACCCAGCGCUGAUCUCCUGCUUACCAUCGGCGAUGGUAUGGUGAGUCUCACCGCUCUGGGCGUGUUCCUGGCUCCAUCUUAUCUGGACCCUGUGGCCCCGCCUACGAUCAACACAUUGGUGAACAUUGCCAUCCCGACCUUCGCGUCGGCCAACCCUGCCCCACUGCCACAGAUGCCCGUGUACUCCUUUUCGGCCAACCCCGAGCUGAAUCGGAUGCAGAAGGGGAACUUUGAUGACUGCAAGAUCUUCAUCGGCGGCAUGACGCUUGCGACCUCGCUGGACCAAAUGAUGCGAGGCUUUGCGGCCUAUGGGAAGAUCACGGAUGCCGUUGUCAUGACGGACAAGAUGACCGGCAAGCCCCGGGGCUUCGGCUUCAUCGUUUUCGAGACCCCGGAGAGCGUCGCGGCGGUUCUGGCGGACCAUGAUAAGCACCACAUCGACGGCAAGUGGGUCGACGUCAAGCGAGCUUCCUCCGAUGGCUGUCCGAUGCCAUAG